GUAGGGGAGAGCAUGGGAAAAGAGUAGUGGAGCGUCGUUUUCUUUAUCUGCACGGCGCUGAUCCCAGUGAUGCUGCCGCUCAAGUGUUGCAUGCUGAAGAGUCCCGACGCUCUGUGUGUGUGUGUGUGAGAGAGAGAGAGAGAGAGAGAGAGAGGGAAAGAGAAAGAUUUGGCCCCACUAGGAUGACGGCUCGAUCUGCGAGUGGGAACGAGGGGAAAUGAAGAUGAAGAUAAGAGUGUGCCAAGGGGUUAGUGGCAUCAUCAUCGUCACCAUGGUUACCAGCGUGAUGUUGGUGUACAACAGCAGCUCUGGUGACAGAUCAUCUUCCUCAUCAGCACCAUCAUCAUCUUCAUCAUCACCUUCCCACCGUUCAGAUGCUCCUGUUUCAUCCACAAAAAAGCCGGAGAGAUCACAGAGACUCCCAGCAUCAACACUUGAGGGGUACUCAGGUGUGAUGGAUCAUAAGUCUCUGAAGAUGCACUGCGGGACUUGCGCCCUGGUGACCAGCUCCGGUCAGCUGACUGGGAGCAAAAGGGGUCAAGAAAUCGAUCGCUCUGAGUGCGUCAUCCGUAUGAACGAUGCUCCCAGCGUGCGCCAUCAGCAGGAUGUUGGCCAGCGCACCAGCCUGCGUGUCAUUGCUCACUCCAGCCUGCAGAGGGUGCUGCAGAGCCGACAGGAGCUGCUCAAUGCCAGCCAGGACACGGUGUUCAUCUUCUGGGGACCAAGCAGCUGCAUGAGACGGGAUGGAAAAGGCCACGUUUACAACAACCUCAGGCUGUUAAACCAGCUGCUGCCCAAACUGAAAGUCUACAUUAUUUCUCGGAUCAAGAUGCUCAAUUUUGAUGAACUGUUUAAAAAGGAAACAGGCAUUGAUAGGAAGAGUUCCAACUCCUGGCUGAGUACCGGCUGGUUCACCAUGUCCAUAGCCCUGGAGCUGUGUGACAGGAUCAACGUGUAUGGCAUGGUGCCACCUGAUUUCUGCAGGUCCUCCUCCCACCCCUCCGUGCCGUAUCAUUACUACGAGCCCUCGGGGCCCGACGAGUGCUCCAUGUAUCUCUCCCAUGAGAGGAGUCGACGAGGGAGCCACCACCGCUUCAUCACGGAGAAGACAGUGUUUGCAAACUGGGCUCGAACCCUCAACAUCCACUUUUACCAGCCAGACUGGGAGCCCGCUGCCGCCAUCGGCGCUAUGAACAGCUCGUACACUCCAGCUCCAGCUGGAUCCUGACACUCACUCCAGAUAUGAUCCGCAGAAGUGUGGGAUAUGUGUGUGGACAGUUUCCAGCGUGCAGAUUCCCUUUCUGGCCAAUCUGAAUGCAUGAGACGGCAAUAGGACAGAGCAAGCUGCUGUUGUGGCUGUUAGCCGACUGCCUAAGCAGCUUGGCAGAAUGGGAUCAUUGCAUAAUAGCAACACAAAGGUUCAACAAUGUUUUGGAAGUGUAACUAUAAUAGGAUGAAUUUCAUACUGGAAUCAAAGCCAUGGAGGAUGGCUCAAGUGUGUUUUUUCACUCUGUGUAGAGCUGCUUUAAUAACACUCGAGCUGUCAAAGAGGGGACAGACGAUGAGACAGUGCACCACUGCAAUAACUGGAGUAUGACAGAUUCAUUUUCAUAAAUUAAAGCUCAACACAGACUCAUUGACGAUGAUGAGGUCAUGUCCUCAGUAUUGUUGGUGGGACUGAGGGGUUUUAAUGACCUGAGAAGGAACUCAUAUUCUACAGUUGCACACAAAUAAUACACUGUGUUUUCAAAGCUAACUGUGAUAUCAUUAUCAUUAUUAUUAUUAUUAUUAUCAAUCCUUAAUUUAUACAUUCAUCCCUUUUCAACAAGACAAUAUGAAUAACAAGACGACAACAGCACAGCAUACAGUCAAUAAUACACGUCAGCAACAGACUGUCAUGUUGCAGAAAGCCAGUUAUAGACAGGUGCAGGGACAUAUUGUAAUGAAUUCAAGGACUAAAGGGAAAAAACUAAUAUAACUAAAACAAUACAAAAAAGGGAGUGGGAGAAGGAGUAUUGUUUACUGUACAGAAUAUGUUGGCAGCUCUUAGAGUUGAAGAUGUUUCUCUACAUAAUCAGUGUCAGUGAAGCCAAACCAGAUUUUAUCAUGUAUUUUCUAAGUGAUCUUGUUCAAGUGAAUCUCAGUUUCGCAGCUGUAUAUGAUGAUGGAGGACAGGCAGCUCCAAGCUAACAAUGAAGCACGAAAGUGUAACAUUCAAAUGAUGUUCUGAUGUUCAAGUGUUGCCAUAAAUGGAUUUUGGGUCUAUUGAUUUGUUUUAAGACUGUAAGUAAUGAUUAUUUUCAUUAGUAAUUAAACCAAUAAUCCAAAACCCAAGGUUUUCAGUGCAAUGAUAGAAAACAGAGAAAAACAACAGAUUGUAUGUUCAAAGUAAUUCAGUGUUUUUUCUUGAUAAAUGACUGCAACAAUUA